ACUAAAACCUUCAGGGCAGCGUCCUGCACCUGCUGGGCGCUGGGGGAGGCUGAGCCACGGGGAUGCAGAGAAAGCUGAUGGCAGGAGCUGGGCUGGAAAGGGACCUGAGCACCCCGCUUCCGCGAAGGCAUAACGUCACCGCGCCCACCGCAGUUCCGGUGUCUCCGCCCUCGCCAGGGCUCCCAGCGCUGCUGAGGGUGACCAACGAAGGCCGGAGAGAUGGCCGGGGCCUCGGUGAAGGUGGCGGUGCGUGUCCGCCCCUUCAAUUCCAGGGAGAUGAGCCGAGACUCCAAGUGCAUCAUCCAGAUGUCUGGAAGCACCACCACCAUCAUUAACCCCAAACAGCCCAAGGAGACACCCAAAAGCUUCAGCUUCGACUAUUCCUACUGGUCACACACCUCGCCGGAGGACAUCAAGUACGCGUCACAGAAGCAGGUGUACCGGGACAUCGGCGAGGAGAUGCUGCAGCACGCCUUCGAGGGCUACAACGUGUGCAUCUUCGCCUACGGGCAGACCGGGGCCGGCAAGUCCUACACCAUGAUGGGCAAGCAGGAGAAGGACCAGCAGGGCAUCAUCCCGCAGCUCUGUGAAGACCUGUUCUCCCGCAUCAACGACACGACCAACGACAACAUGUCCUACUCCGUGGAGGUCAGCUACAUGGAGAUUUACUGUGAACGCGUCCGUGACCUCCUGAAUCCCAAGAACAAGGGCAACCUGCGAGUGCGCGAGCACCCGCUGAUGGGGCCGUAUGUGGAGGACCUCUCCAAGCUGGCCGUCACCUCCUACAAUGACAUCCAGGACCUCAUGGACUCAGGGAACAAGGCCAGGACCGUGGCCGCCACAAACAUGAAUGAGACCAGCAGCCGCUCCCACGCUGUCUUCAACAUCAUCUUCACCCAGAAGCGCCACGACGCGGAGACCAACAUCACCACAGAGAAGGUGAGCAAAAUCAGCCUGGUGGACCUGGCCGGGAGUGAGCGGGCCGACUCCACGGGAGCCAAGGGCACGCGGCUCAAGGAGGGAGCCAACAUCAACAAGUCCUUGACCACGCUGGGGAAGGUCAUCUCUGCUCUGGCGGAAAUGGACUCUGGGCCCAACAAGAACAAGAAAAAGAAGAAGACCGAUUUCAUUCCCUACCGAGAUUCCGUGCUGACCUGGCUGCUCCGGGAAAACCUGGGCGGGAACUCCAGGACCGCGAUGGUAGCGGCCCUGAGCCCUGCAGACAUCAACUACGACGAGACUCUGAGCACGCUGAGGUACGCCGACCGGGCCAAACAGAUACGCUGUAACGCCGUCAUCAACGAGGACCCCAACAACAAGCUGAUCCGUGAGCUGAAGGACGAGGUGACCCGGCUGCGGGACCUGCUGUACGCCCAGGGUCUCGGGGACAUCACCGACACCAGCACUGUGCCCGGAGGACCCAAAUACGUGUCCGACCUUGAGAACAAUAACCGUAACCGUGGCGGGGCGGAGUUGAGUCCAGCCCCUGACAAUCUCUCCACAGUGACCAACACCCUGGUGGGCAUGAGCCCCUCGUCCUCGCUCUCGGCCCUGUCCAGCCGCGCCGCCUCCGUGUCCAGCCUGCACGAGCGCCUGCUGUUCGCCCCAGGCAGCGAGGAGGCCAUCGAGAGGCUGAAGGAGACGGAGAAGAUCAUAGCCGAGCUCAACGAGACCUGGGAAGAGAAGCUGCGGCGGACGGAAGCCAUCCGGAUGGAGAGGGAAGCACUGCUGGCCGAGAUGGGCGUGGCCAUGAGGGAGGACGGCGGCACAUUGGGUGUGUUUUCUCCAAAAAAGACACCACAUCUCGUCAACCUGAAUGAGGACCCGCUGAUGUCCGAGUGCCUCCUGUACUACAUCAAGGACGGGAUCACCAGGGUGGGCCGGGAAGAUGCGGAGAGGCGGCAGGACAUUGUCCUGAGUGGGCACUUCAUCAAGGAGGAGCACUGUGUCUUCCGGAGCGACUCCCGGGGCGGCAGCGAAGCCGUGGUGACCUUGGAACCCUGUGAGGGGGCAGACACAUAUGUCAAUGGCAAGAAAGUCACGGAGCCCAGCAUCCUGCGGUCAGGAAACCGCAUCAUCAUGGGGAAGAGCCACGUGUUCCGGUUCAACCACCCCGAGCAGGCACGGCAGGAGCGCGAGCGCACGCCCUGCGCAGAGACGCCCGCUGAGCCCGUGGACUGGGCCUUCGCGCAGCGCGAGCUGCUGGAGAAGCAGGGCAUCGACAUGAAGCAGGAGAUGGAGCAGAGGCUCCAGGAGCUGGAGGACCAGUACCGCCGUGAGCGAGAGGAGGCCACCUACCUGCUGGAGCAGCAGAGGCUGGACUACGAGAGCAAGCUGGAGGCCCUGCAGAAGCAGAUGGGCUCCAGGUGCUUCUCUGAAGCGAACGAGGAGGACGAGGAGCCGGAGGACGAGGUCCAGUGGACGGAGAGGGAGUGUGAGCUGGCGCUGUGGGCCUUCCGGAAGUGGAAGUGGUACCAGUUCACGUCUCUGCGGGACCUGCUGUGGGGCAACGCCAUCUUCCUCAAAGAGGCCAAUGCCAUCAGCGUGGAGCUCAAGAAGAAGGUCCAGUUCCAGUUUGUCCUCCUCACGGACACGCUGUACUCCCCACUGCCGCCGGACCUGCUGCCCCCAGAGGCUGCCAAAGAGCGGGAGACACGCCCCUUCCCGCGCACCAUCGUGGCCGUGGAGGUCCAGGACCAGAAGAACGGGGCCACCCACUACUGGACGCUGGAGAAGCUCAGGCAGCGCCUGGACCUGAUGCGGGAGAUGUAUGACCGGGCCGCGGAGGUGCCCUCCAGUGUCAUCGAGGACUGUGACAACGUGGUGACUGGCGGAGACCCCUUCUACGACCGCUUUCCCUGGUUCCGGCUGGUGGGCAGUUCAGUCAUCUCUGGCUGCAACAGCUACCCUCUUCUCAACACAUGCAUGAGCGAGCGCAUGGCUGCUCUCACCCCCUCCCCCACCUUCUCGAGCCCCGACUCCGACGCCACCGAGCCUGCCGAGGAGCAGAGCGUGGGGGAGGAGGAGGAGGAGGAGGAGGAGGAGGAGGAUCUGCAGGACGACGUCUUUCCGGAGCACGCGCUGUGCGACGGCCGGGACCCGUUUUACGACCGGCCCCCCCUGUUCAGUUUAGUAGGAAGGGCCUUCGUGUACCUGAGCAACCUGCUGUACCCCGUGCCCCUGGUGCACCGCGUGGCCGUCGUCAGCGAGAAGGGAGAGGUGAAGGGCUUCCUCCGCGUGGCCGUCCAGGCCACUUCAGCUGAUGAAGAGGCCCCCGAUUACGGCUCUGGCGUCCGACAGUCAGGAACCGCCAAAAUCUCCUUUGAUGACCAGCAUUUCGAAAAGUUCCAGUCCGAGUCCUGCCCCGUGGUGGGGAUGUCCCGCUCCGGGACCUCUCAGGAGGAGCUGCGCAUCGUGGAAGGUCAGGGCCAGGGUGCGGAGGCAGGGCCCUCGGCCGAUGAGGUCAACAACAACACCUGCUCAGCCGUGCCUCCAGAAGGCCUCCUCCUAGACAGCCCUGAGAAAGCCGCCCUGGACGGGCCCCUGGACGCCGCCCUGGACCACUUGCACUUGGGCAGCACCUUUACCUUCCGUGUGACAGUCCUGCAGGCGUCCAGCAUCUCUGCCGAAUACGCGGACAUCUUCUGCCAGUUCAACUUCAUCCAUCGCCACGACGAGGCCUUCUCCACGGAGCCCCUCAAGAACACGGGGAGGGGCCCCCCGCUGGGCUUCUACCACGUCCAGAACAUCGCAGUGGAGGUGACCAAGUCCUUCAUCGAGUACAUUAAGAGCCAGCCCAUCGUGUUCGAGGUCUUCGGCCAUUACCAGCAGCACCCGUUCCCCCCGCUCUGCAAGGACGUGCUCAGCCCCCUGAGGCCCUCACGCCGCCAUUUCCCGAGGGUCAUGCCGCUGUCCAAGCCAGUGCCUGCCACCAAGCUCAGCACCCUCGCGCGGCCCUGCCCGGGGCCCUGUCACUGCAAGUACGACGUGCUGGUCUACUUCGAGAUCUGUGAGCUGGAGGCCAACGGCGAUUACAUUCCUGCGGUGGUGGACCACCGCGGUGGGAUGCCGUGCAUGGGGACCUUCCUGCUCCACCAGGGUAUCCAGAGACGGAUAACCGUGACACUGCUGCACGAGACGGGCAGCCACAUCCGCUGGAAGGAAGUCCGAGAGCUUGUCGUGGGUCGGAUUCGAAACACACCAGAAACUGAUGACUCCCUGAUCGACCCCAACAUCUUGUCUCUCAACAUCCUCUCCUCCGGCUACAUCCACCCGGCCCAGGACGACCGGCAGUUUCUUGAUUCGGACAUGCCUAGCGUUUCGUUUGGAAAUGACACUAGGACCUUUUACCAGUUUGAGGCCGCGUGGGACAGCUCCAUGCACAACUCUCUGCUGCUGAACCGGGUCACCCCGUACCGAGAGAAAAUCUACAUGACCCUCUCGGCUUACAUUGAGAUGGAGAACUGCACCCAGCCAGCCGUCAUCACCAAGGACUUCUGCAUGGUCUUCUACUCUCGGGAUGCCAAGCUGCCCGCCUCGCGCUCCAUCCGCAACCUGUUUGGCAGCGGGAGCCUGCGGGCCUCGGAGAGCAACCGCGUGACAGGCGUGUACGAGCUCAGCCUGUGCCAUGUGGCCGAUGCCGGCAGCCCAGGGAUGCAGCGGCGGCGGAGGCGUGUGCUCGAUACGUCUGUGGCCUACGUCCGCGGCGAGGAGAACCUGGCGGGCUGGAGGCCCCGGAGCGACAGCCUCAUCCUGGACCACCAGUGGGAGCUGGAGAAGCUGAGUCUCCUGCAGGAGGUGGAGAAGACCAGGCACUACCUGCUGCUGCGGGAGAAGCUGGAGACCACGCAGCGGCCCGGCCCCGAGGCGCCGUCCCCCGCCUCCAGCGAGGACUCCGGCUCCCACGGCCCGUCCGGCCCCUCGUCCCCACUCUCGGCCGAGGGCCGGCCGUCCCCCCUGGAGGCUCCCAACGAGAGACAGCGGGAGCUGGCCGUCAAGUGCUUACGCCUCCUCACGCACACGUUCAACCGAGAGUACACCCACAGCCACGUGUGCGUCAGCGCCAGCGAGAGCAAGCUCUCCGAGAUGUCUGUCACCCUGCUUCGGGACCCAUCCAUGUCCCCUCUGGGGGCAGCCACGCUCACACCCUCCUCCACCUGCCCCUCUCUGGUGGAGGGGCGGUACGGAGCAGCCGAUCUGAGGACCCCGCAGCCCUGCUCCCGGCCGGCCAGCCCAGAACCUGAGCCUGUGCCCGAGGCAGAUUCGAAGAAGCUUCCAUCCCCUGCUCGGGCCGUGGAGGCGGACAAAGAGCCCCCACGCCUGCUGGUUCCUGACAUCCAGGAGAUCCGGGUCAGCCCCAUCGUCUCCAAGAAGGGCUACCUGCACUUCCUGGAGCCACACACAGCCGGCUGGGCCAAGCGCUUCGUGGUGGUACGGCGGCCGUAUGCCUACAUGUACAACAGUGACAAGGACUCUGUGGAGAGGUUCGUGCUCAACCUGUCCACCGCCCAGGUGGAGUACAGCGAGGACCAGCAGGCCAUGCUCAAGACACCCAACACGUUUGCCGUGUGCACGGAGCACCGUGGCAUCCUGCUGCAGGCCAACAGCGACAAGGACAUGCACGACUGGCUGUACGCAUUCAACCCCCUCCUGGCCGGGACCAUACGGUCCAAGCUGUCCAGACGGCGGUCUGCCCAGAUGAGGGUCUGAGCCGGAGCCCCCCGCGCCCCCACGACAGCCAGCAGGCCAGCCCCGCCCCCAGUCCCCGUCACCAUCCGUCAUGUCACGCGUGCCCAGCCUGCCCCCACCAGCCAGCCAGCCAGCCGGUCCCCUGUUGGGGACGCUGCGCGGGGCCCCACAGAGCGCCACCUCUGGCCCGGGCGCCUGCACCGCAAGACCUAUCCUGCCCCGAGCAGAGGCCACGUUCUGUCUUCUUUCGGAGCGGGCCCCGGGUGGGAGCGGCUGGGAGGUGCCAGAGAGGCCGGAGGGCACAAGUCAGGGGCGUCGCCGCCGUUCUGAUAUUUUUUUAAGCAUAGACAGACUUAUAAUUAAUAUACAUUAGUUAGUGACACCGAAACAGGCCACUCAGAAAUUAACUAUAAGACUGUGUUCUAUUUAUAAGUAUUUAUUUCUAAUGCCUUCACAUAGACCCGUAGGAUUCGGAUGGA